GUCCUCGGUCUCUCUCUUUCUCUCCCUACCCCUCCCCUUGUCUCAGUCACCCAGACACAGACACACGCAUGCUCACGCAGAAUCUCGCACAGUGGGCAGGCACGCACACACACACCCUUUCUUGAGGUUCUGGGAGCAGUGGCAGCUGCGGUGGUUACCGUUGAAAGACAUUGGCCGUUGACUGGAGUUAGCCGUAGCCCUGUCGGUUGAAUGAAUGGAUGCUCCAACGAGCCUCUUAGGAUUGGAUUCUCGUAUUGGAUUUUCACGAGAGAGGAGGAGGAUAUCUAUUCUGGGAUUUGUUUUAUUUCUAUGCGCUCCAUCUUUUUUUUUCUCCCCACCCUUUCUCGGUGUGGUGUCGUCGAGGACGAGCGGGUCUUGCGCGGUGGAUUUGGCCUCCGCUACACUCUGCAAUCUAUAGAGUUUUUCUGUGGAGGUCGGGGUAAAGGGCGCUAUUCUUUCUCCUUUUUUCCUCAAAGGGGGGGGCUCUUUUGUUUUCCGGGGCUCGGCGGAGCGAGCCCUAUAGUUCCCAUGGUGAAUUGAGCUAUUGUGGAGAAGAGCCUCGACAGCUAAACUGCCGAUUCUCUACCCCUCUCUUCCCCCUCCUCCACAAAAAAAACUCGAUUCACCUGAAUCAACCCCCCUCCAACCUUCCUUUCCCACACCUCCAUCUCUCAUCGCCAUCCUCUCUCCUUGCCUCCCAUGCCCCAUUUCCUUCAUCCUUACCCCUGCCACCCCUCCCCUCCCGCAGCAUAGCGGCUACGUAAUGUGCCUCCCGACGCAUGCGAACAGGGAUGCUACAAAUGGUGGUUUGGACUGAUCGCUGACAUAAAAAAAGGGUGAUGCCUCGCGCAACCAGCACCGCCUCCGCCGCAAUGGAUCAGCCUGGGAAAACGCAGCAGAUGCCAAUCCACCGCAGUCUGGAUUGAGGGGCGGCUGUAGUAGUUUGCCUGUGAAUGAGAAAACGUGCGUGUGUGUGUAUGCAAGCGUGCACGCUGGUCCUCCGUCAUGUCUCUCGCCUGAUCCCUUGCACCGGGCAUCCCUGAUGAUGUUUUAAUUUAUUUUUAAUUUAAGGUUUAUUUAACUAGGCAAGUCCGUUAAGAACAAAUUCUUAUUUACAAUGACGGCCUACCCCGGCCAAAUCCGGGCGACGCUGGGCCAAUUGUGCGUCGCCCUAUGGGACUCCCAAUCACGGCCGGAUGUGAUGCAGCCUGGUGUGGGGGAGGCACUAAGCCUCUGGUCGGCCUCCCCCCGAACACAGUAGUAGCCCCGUGGCAAGCCGCUUGCCCCAGGGGUCGCUAUGAAAAAGACCCGCAGCACUAAUUUGCGGCGGGCCUGGCCCAGUUCGGACCUGUCCGAGCGGCUGCCGGAGCGCACCCGCUCCCGGAGCGAGAAGGACUUCCGUCUCCAGCAGAAACACCACCACACUCCCCCUCCUCCACCCCACAUCUCACCAGGUCCCCCCCGGGGCUACCAAAUGCCAGGUGAUGUGUCUCCCAUCAGCAUGUCUCCUAUCAGCCAGUCCCAGUUCAUCCCACUGGGGGAGAUCCUGUGUCUGGCUAUCUCAGCCAUGAACUCUGCUCGCAAGCCCGUCAACCAGGAGGCCCUGAUGGAACACCUCGCCACAUGCUUCCCAGGUGUUCCAACACCGAGCUCGGAGAUUCUGCGACACACCCUAAACAUGCUGGUGCGAGAGAGGAAAAUCUACCCAACACCUGAGGGAUACUUCAUUGUUACUCCCCAGACCUACUUUAUCACCCCCAACCUCAUCCGAUCCAACAGCAAGUGGUACCACCUGGACGACUGGCAGCAGCAACAGCAGCAGCAGUGUACCUCCCCACAGUCGGGCACCAUCACGCCCUCCACCCCGGGCUGCGUGAGGGAGAGGCCCAACCAGAAGAACCAUGGGGACUCAUACAACACGUACCGCGAUGAUACGCCCAUCCCUCAAGCCCCCACUUACCAGAGGAAGUCUCCCAAGGAGCCUCGGGGAGACCCCCCCUCCUACCCUCAGCCCCCUCCGGCUCCCAUUCAGAUGCCGACGUCACAGUUGCAAGAUCCUUUGACGGACAAGAGCAAGAGUAAUGCCCCCUUCCCCUACAAGACCGACACACUGACCAAAAAAAAGGAGGGUGGUGGCGGCAGCAGUGCCGAGAAGCAGUCAAAGAAGUUUGGGCUGAAGCUGUUCAGGUUGAGCUUCAAGAAGGACAAGCUGAGGCAGCUGGCCACGUUCUCGGCCCAGUUCCCUCCCGAGGAAUGGCCCCUCCGCGAUGAAGAUGCGCCUGCCAUCACCAUCCCCCGCACUGUGGAGAUGGAGAUCAUCCGGCGGAUCAACCCGGACCUGACGGUGGAGAAUGUGGCGCGCCACACGGCCGUGAUGAAGAGACUGGAGGAGGAGCGUGCCCAGAGGAGAAAAGCAGGCAGCUCGGCUGAGCACAGUGCACGCAGCCGGAGGAGUCGUGGUCACCGUCGGGUGCCGCACGGCAAGUCCCGUUCACACAGCAAGACGCGCGCCUCCCGGGGCAACCCUUCCGAUAGUUCCAACCUGGACAUGGCCAUGGUAGACAGGGAUUACAGCCGCUUCUUCAGCCACUCGCUGGUGCGCUCCCCGCGUGAGGCCAUGUACACCUUGGAGCGCAAAAGAAGUGGUGGGACUUAUGUAGUCCACAGCAACCCCAACAUCACAGAGUCCCACUUCCCCAUCACCCCGGAGUGGGACGUGUCCGGGGAGUUGGCGAAAAGGAGGACAGAGAUGCCUUUCCCCGAGCCCUCGCGCGGGACGUCUAGCGGGAGAGUGCACCGAAGCCACAGUCACACUCAAGAAGGAAGGAAGUCACGUGACGAGCUGACCGACCAGGCUAAGGAAAGGUCCCGCUCCAUGGAUAACGCUUUGAGCCCUCUGGACGGAAUGGGCCCCUCCUCUUUGGGGAUGUCAGAGGACUAUGAGCGUAGUCCCGAUGAACGAAGUCGUUACUACACAGACGAUGGGACUUUGCGGGCCUCCCAGAAGUCUCCCCACUACUCAAGGAUCAUGUUCUCGGCUGCUAAGUUCAAUUCUGAAAUGUGUGUGCCUGAUGUGGGGAAGGGGAGCCUAGGGAAGGGGAGCCUAGGGAAGGGGAGCCUAGGGAAGGGGAGCUUGGACGAGUCUAGGAUCCGAAGCCCACUGGAAAGGAAUAAGAGCAGAGACAGCUUGCCGGCCUACAGUGAUCUGAAGGGACUCUCGCCCAAGUCCUCGGCGGACGACUACUUCCAGUGCAAUACGUCAAACGAAACAAUCCUUACCGCCCCUUCACCUCUGUCAAAAGCAGACCACGACACGUUAACCUCGUCUGAGGGAAUCCGGAAGGGCACUCCAGCCGAUCGCCACACCCCUCACCUUACCUCUCCCCUCACGAUGGAAUACAAAGAGGACUCUUUGGCAAAGGGGCAAAAUGGCUCAAACCGAUCAACACCAAGCCAGACCCCAGAGCCCAUGACUAACGGACGUUUGACACAACACCAACACAACGUAGACCCUGGAGGGGGAGGCGGUGGUGGCGUGGCAGACAAGAGGAAGGAGAUCUUCAGCAAGGACACUUUGUUCAAGCCUCCACACAACACAUUGACUGCAGGCUACGUGGAGGGCACCUACACCAAGUCGGGCACCCUGCGAAAGACCCCACACAUCAAAUCAGCCGAGGUCCUUGACAAUCUAGAGGCCCAGCAGCCUUCGAAUUCAGCAGCUUCCCCCGCUUCCGCCCUGGUCUCCCAGGGCUCCGAGCCAGUGGUCCCGUCAGCCUCCGAGGCUGCCUUUGACUACUACAAUGUGUCGGAUGAUGACGAGGAGGUGAUGGCGGAGGACACCGCGCGGAAAGAGUUAGUGGUGGCAGAGGGCAAAGGGCAUGGGGAGGGUGGGGGUGGAGUUGGAACCAUGCAGUGGCUUCUGGAGCGGGAGAAAGAGCAUGAUCUGCAGCGCAAGUUUGAGACUAACCUCACGCUGCUCAGCCCCAAGGAGACAGAAAACAGUAGCAGCCAGAAGUCAGCGCAUUCAGCACGUCUGGAUAGUAUGGACAGCAGCAGCGUGACUGUGGACAGUGGAUUCAACUCCCCAAGGACACGUGAAAGUCUGGCUUCCAACACGUCGAGCAUCAUGGAGAGCAAUAGACGACAGAAUCCAGCAUUGAGUCCGGGCCACAUGGGCACCACCAGCAACGGUCCGCCGUUCAGCUUUCGCGCCAUUCCUGAACCCCCCCGUACCGCACAGCCUGAGAAACUGCAGAAGUCUUCAACCUGCCUGGCGUCCAUCACCAGCGUCUGACCUGAUAUACAGACAGACAGACAUUAAGGCCUGAGAUGGAGGAGGUGGAUUAUUAAGGUUAUGGUAGGGACCGUUGGGGGUAAUGGGCAGGGGGGUGGAGAAGGCAGAAGUUGGGUCACAUUGUGCCCCCACCUUCUCCUCACCCAUCCACACACACAUGUCCACCCUCCCUCACCCAACCCCCAGAAAAUCCAACUACUACUGGGACUGUUAACCUCACAGGCAUGGCUUCCAGAGACUGUUCCCACAGCUUCAAAAACUUCACUGCAAAAAAACAAACAAACAAACAAAAUGACAACCAUGAAAUAACAAAAACUAUCCUGACCAGAUUAAUUUUGUCUCCCAUUGCAAGAGAGCUGAUCAGGAAUUAUCUUGAUUUGGAUUAUAUCAACUUUGAUUUUUUGGGGGGGAUUUCCAGAUUCCUCAGUGUUGGUAUUAGAGAAAUGUUGAUACAUUUAGGAUUGGAGUCACAUUUGGGAAAAUCUAUACUUUUACAUGUUAUUUCCAAUCCAUGUCCAAUGAAAUGUUUUCUAUCAAGAAUUAGAAAUAAUUUAUCAGGAGAAUUAUCAUAUUUGUAUGUUGAUGCACAGUAUUAAAAAUAAUGAAAGAAGAGAUGAGAAGGUGGAAAGGCAAAAUGUCAGAGGUUCCGAUUUGUGUAGCGCAAAGCAAAAUAGGCUAUUGUAGUUCUAUCCAUACAGUAUAAUUUAUUCAUAAGUACAAUAAUGUAUACUCAAAUCUUUUUUUUAUAUUUAAAUGACCAAAAUGAAAUCGUUAAAACGAAUAUUGACAAUUUAGUAAGGGAAAACAGUUGUUUUACAUUGUUAGUUGAAUUAUUAAGUUUCCAUCCUGAAGCACUAAUGUGCCUUUUCUGUGGUAUUUAUGACUAAAUUAAAAAAAAUAUAUCUUUAUCCAACAUAUAAUCUCAGGUCAUAAGAAUAUUUUCUUGAACACACGCACACACACUCUGUCUGUAAUCUUGUUGGAGGUGUGUGAGGAGUUGGCCUCGCUAAUUAGUGGCUUGCUGAGUGUUGUAAUUGGUUUGACAGGACUUUACUUUUAUGUUUGUUUCAGAUGUGUUUGCCUUUUCACAACAUGUUUGCCAGAGUAUGCAUAGAUAGACCAUAAAAUAAAUGGUUGCAGCGGGUGCAAAUUGUAACUAUAUAUCCCAGGGGUAUAGGACAGACAAACACCUUGUUUCCCUUAACAUGUUUAUCACUAUCAUUGCCAGAGCCAUCAAGGCAUUUAUACAACUUAUGUCUGCGGUGUUUAUCUGAAAUGAAGUGUUUUAUGAAAUUGUUCAGCUCCUAAAUUGUUUUGCAAAUUGCAAAAUCUCUCCAAAUAUUAGAGCAUGCGGACUAGUGAUGGCUACCUUGCAAGAGAAUAGUGAAGAGUUAUUGCAGUCUUGCCUCUUUAUUCACAAUAUUGUUUGUAUCACAAUACUGUAAGUAUCGUGUAUUGGAAAUUUGUUUAUCUUGUACAGGUGCUAAGAUUUCUAUAAUGAAACGCUCUAUUCAAUCCGUAACGCUGAAGAUCUGCUUUAUAGCGUGACUGACAAUUAAAGGCAAUGUUUUGAAAGGA